CUUGGAAACAGCCUGGGCGCCUUUUCACCCCGCACAAUUCGUUAAAGGUCGGGGAUUCCAACCCCGGCCCCUGUCAAUCCCAUCUCCAAACUCCAGAACCCCCAGAGACACAAGCCUUUCUUCCCGUCAAGUUGCCGUUCGUGUCCGUUUUCUUCAAUCUCGACAUCCCACGACACCGUCUUUUGCUCUGAUUUUUCUCUUCUUCCGAAUACGUCUCCCAACAAACGCGGCCGUAGGCUUCGUUCCUGGUGCCCGCACAGACGAUCGAAACCUGGGAGCUGCAGUUCGCGGUCUGCCAAGAUGAAUCAAGCAGCGAGCCAGCAAUCAUACCAACAACCAUAUCAAGAGGCCGACCGCGAAGAUUCCCCGGGCGUGCCCGGUGCCGAACUCCUCGACGAUUACGAGCAGCGAUACCUAAAUUCUUUCUUCGGCUCCGUCGCCUCGGCCAGCAAUGGAACCCCUCUUGCCGCGCAAGCGCUGGGCGGCCUUUGCACCCAGGAUUGGAUGAAGCCGGCCGACGUCGUUGGGCACGUCGUGAGGUUUGGAGAUCCGGACAAUGCGUUGCUCUCGGAGGCCUUUGGCAUGUUCGACUUUUCGCCGUCGACGGAUCUCGGCAUCGCCGCCUCGACAACGCCUGGUUUCCCCGAUAACUACCAGUCCCAGAAUGGGUCGGCAUUCCAGCAGUUCCAGCAAUCCCAGCAAUCAGAGCAGACCCAGAGUUACUACGAUUCCCUGCAUACCCCCGACGCCGUCGCCGCCGCCGCUACUCUCGUAGGCCGCGGCAGCAUGCCCUUCGGCUUGUACCCUGAAGUUUCACACUCGCUGACAACUGCCUCGCAAACCAUGGUUUCCUCCCAACCCGACCCGUUCACACUCGGCAACGGCCGCUACGGCACGCAGGCUCAAAUGUCGAUGGCGCGUCGGACAUCUAAUGCGCCACGAACAUUAUCCGUCGACGUCCAAUACGGGUCAGAUCCGAAUUUCACCGACACGAGCUUUGUGCCCCCAUCAGCGAAGGAGACCACAGAGGCCAUCACAGCGGAGCAGCUGGCGCAUCUCCGCUGCCUAGAGCCGAGCCACAGCGCUGCCCCCACGAGAGCUGCUAGUCCCACCUCGUGGGGGGCACAAUACUCGUCGAAUGAGGCAUCACGGAAUUCGGUGGUCGUUCCGGUCCGAAGGACGGUGUCGCACAACCCGCCGCCGCCGGACGAACCGCCAACAAGGCGAAGGAGGACGAGCAAGAUGGGGGAAGCCCCCGUGGAUGCGGAGCAGGCGAUGCCCACGCCCGUCAGCCCUACAGCCCCGCCAUUAACCCAGCGAAAACGACCGAGCGCAGCUUCACCACCACCAGCGCCACCGUCAGGAACAGCGCCACCACAAAACGGCGACAAACCCUCCGCCGCCUCCGCCUCCGAAUCCAACGGGACACCAUCAGAUCCCACACAAACGAAGAGGCAGCGAAAAUCGGGGACGGGCAAGAGUGGUGCCGGGCGCAAGAAGUCCCCGCGCACGACGCUCACGCCCGAGCAGCGACGCCAGAACCACGUCGGCAGCGAGCGGCGCCGGCGCGACUUUAUCGGGCGCGGCUACGACCACCUCAUGGCCAUCGUCCCGGGGCUCAUGAACGGCGCCGCCCCGAGCAAGUCGGUCUCGCUGAACCUCGUGGCCGACUGGAUAGAAGAGUUGCACAGGGGCAACCAGACGCUCGAGAACAUGAUGGCCUUUACCUUCGGCCAGGCGAGCGGCUCUACUGCUCCUUCUGCGUCUGCUGCCGCUGCCUAAAACAAAGAGCUUUCUGUA